CGACAGAAAGAGAAAAAGAGAGGGGGGGGGGGAGAGAGAGAAAAGCAGAGAAAAAGUGAAAGGAAAAGAAAAAAGAGAAGUCGCUGAUGUCCUCCAGGAGCAGGAAGCUCCCGUUAACACCAUCACCACCACCACCAUCGUCGCCACCAGCAUCUCCACCACCACCACCGCCACCACCAUAGCCGCCAUAACCAUCAUAUCAAUAUCCGGUGUUAUCAAGAACACCAUUAUCAACGGCAAUAGUAUUACAUCUUCGUCGUCCUCAUCGUCAUCAUCAAGGAAACAUCUAUGAAAAGGAAGACGGACGCUAACAUCCGUCAUUCUGUCCUUUACCAUCAACCCUUUUGAAAGUUCUUAUUAAAUCAUACAUGAUAAUACACGACCUCUUCUUCGAUUCUUCUUGUACUACCACCUCUGCCAGAGUGUACGAGACGUUUAGAUCGACACAACUCUGAAUGUCUUCGCACAUACAAAAGUCGUGCGUGGGGCUUGAAGCGACAUUGAGUGACAGCAAAAAGAAGUACGGCGACAAGGUGAAUGCACUUUUGUCUGCCUGGGAGCAUGUCACCAAUUUCAUUCCUGGGGCAACGCCAGAGGCCACCCAGUCUCUCAUAGAAUGGGCUCACAAACAUACAUUAAAACUGGUAUUGCGCGGGGAGUGGCCAAAGUUGUCACCCGCCACGAAGACGCACCUCAGCGUAACAUUACAGAGGUGCGCGUCUCACCUGGUGCAACACCCCGCUGCACUCAGGUGUACCGCCUUGAUAGCUCUAGUGCACAAUCCAUGGACGCAUCCUGCUCUCGACAGCAUACUUAACGGACAACCGGAUUCCGAACAUGAAGAAGAAUUUUGCUGUUCGGAAAAGGGCGAGUUGCUGACGAUGAGACUGAAAAUACUUUGCGAGGACCGCUGCGAGGACAUAGCGGUGAACCUCGCCGCAGCGUGUAUACGCUCCCUUAGAAGAAGCGACCGAUUAAGAUCGCUUUCAGAUUCCCAUCACAUUCAUUACAUGAUUGACGUAUAUAUUGUCCUCCUGUACAAAUUGAAACGCACGCAAGAUAUUUUCGCUCAACUAAAAUUAAUGGACCUUAAUGAUGGACUCGAAUUAGUACAGAGACUUAGCGGAGAAAGACCAACUAAAUAUGGAACAGCCCGUGUAUGGAGAAAUUCUAUAAAAGCUGCGGAAUUGGUAGCUCAGUAUCUUGUAACCGCCGGGAUGGUACGACCGGUAUCAGAAACCGGUGCGAAUAUUUUGGAACAAAUUUUUAAUUCCUGGGCAUUGUUACAUUCAAAAUUGAAAGAUAUCACGCCGACCUUACCUGGGAUGAUUAGAAAAUUAAUAGAACCCGCCGAAAGUGCUCAGCAUAUAUAUAUAUUCUGUGCUGUGCUUAUCAAGCAUUUUGGCGACAGUAUAAAACCAUUGGUAAUCGAGUUAUAUAUAAGGGCGUUAACGACUGAUAUGAACGAGUUGGAGAGUCAAAAGGCAAAAUCGGACAAAGAGAAAGUACGAGAAACGGCUAAACGUUUGAGCACACAAUUUCUCAAAUUGGCCGACGUAGUUGGUAGCAAUAUCGGUAUAGCGAGAGAAUGCGUCCUAACGGCAUUUUCUUUGCAUCCUACCAGAGCUUGUUACGACAGGAUAAAGGAUAUUGCGAUAGCCUGUGGGAAAACGAAGCAAGAUGAUGGUUCGUUGAACGAUGUCGUCGAAAACGAGAAACUUCCAAAUACGUCGGCGAACGAUCAUUCGACCGCGUCGAUAACAAAAAGUGAAAAGACUGUCUCGGAAAGGGGCGGAAUUUCGAUAUCACGCAAUGGUAGCAUCCUAGAAUCCUUAUCGUCGUCGUCCUCCACCGCUACCACCAACGGCAACACCAUCACCACCAAUGCCGCCGCUACCACAAGUAUUACCUCUACCUCUACAUCCAGUUCCAUUCCCACAACAUAUUCUUCCUCAUCAUUAGUCGCGACCAUAGCUUCGUCGUCCUUGACGAGUACGAUAAUGACGAUCGCAGCACCAACUGCAGUGACGAAAAAGGCCAUAGAUUUUCAGAACGGCCAAGUAUCAAAAACCUUCGAGCGUACGGAUCAACUGUUGAAAAGUAUGUUGACGGCUUCGCGAAAAAGUAACGAUAGCGUGCCCCUCAACGAUAAGUGUCUGUUACAUUCGAAGAGAAAUUCCACUAGCGAUGGCCCAUUGGGAGAGCUCUGUUUCAAUUGCGGCGAAUUCACCGGCGACGAAACACCAAAUAGCAAAUCCCCCGAGGCAUGCACCACUGCGGAGAACGUGGAAAGGACGUUGGACGCUUUGAUCUUGAUAAAGGGAGAGGCUGUUACGGGAUCGGCGAAUUACGACGAGAAGUCUGUACCAAAUCAAGUUCUUGAUGCUGAGAAACUUGGGCUUUCGCCACAGUUAUGCGACGAUUUGUCGGUAGUUCUCAGCAGUCCGAGGUAUCACAUGCUUAGUUGGGUGUUGGAUUGGAAAGAAUUGAACAAUUUGUGUGAGAGGUAUUUAGAAAAUGCGGAAGAGAUGCGGAAUACGAACAAGGAGUUGAAGUAUCUCAAUAUUGACUACUCGCAGUUCAAAGAUUGGCCGUCGGAAGAUGACACGAAGGAUGUAUUUUUUGGUAUUGAAAAGGGCUACGAACAGUGGGUCGAUUUGCCGUCCGAUGGCUCGGAGCAAUUUGGUAGUUUCCAACCAGCAGGAGGCUACAAAAGAUCUUCGACGAGACGAAGUUUGGACGAUACGACUACUACGGAUUCGGACAGUGGAAGUGUAUUGCGCGUUCGAAGGACAGGAAGGCAACGCAAAGUUCAUAGGCUUGAAUCCUCCGAAAGCGAUUAUGACAGCACGGAACGUAAACCAAAACAUUUUAGGAAUCGUGCUAGCUCUGUCUCCGACUCGGAUAGUAACACGCAAGAUAGCCAAACCGAUAGUCUCGGUAGUGACGGUUGUAGAUUAGAAACCAAAAAGAAAUCUAGCAAAUCUUCUAAUAAGGAAAUCAGUAAGAAGCGAGUCAAGCCAUCGAAAUUAACCGUCGAUUCUGUUUCGCAUUUUCACAUGUUGGUUAACGAAAACGUCAGGCAUACUUCUUCUCACGAGGACGCAAGUAGUUCCGACGUGAGUACCAACGACAUAAUAACUCUAUUUUCCGCUGAUAUGGAUGAAAGCAAACGAGAGACGAUCAAAGGGUCUACUUAUACCGCAGCAGCGCCAUUAAUAAUAACUGAAAGAAGAAGCGAUCCUGCGGUAUUGAAAUCUUUGCGAAUGUUUAGGCCACAAAAUGCAAAAAAGCCGACGAGGAUAGCGCAGAUAUUACAAAAAAAUUUGCUUAAUAAAAGCAAAGACAAUAAGUUAAACGAAGAGUCCAGUAGCGUAGCCAAAUUUGCGCCGAUGCUGAGUACGUUGAAUUUAAGUCCAAAGAUCGUUUUGACCAGAGCGGAUGAAAUUGAUAGGAAAUUAGUUCGUUCGAAAAAGCAACAGCGGCUUAGUACCGGUGAUAUCACUAGCGAACUGAUUAAUAUACAAAAGACCAUGCCCUUCUCACCUAACAAGAACGUAAUGACUACGUUUCAAAAACAAAAGAACUGUACUGGCAAUAAUUCAAGUAAAACUGAUUUAGUAGGUACCGUAGAUAGUCGAGAUUUAAGCUCCGUUAAAUCUAAUUUGGGUAAGAACAAAUUUGAUAUACUUGCGAAGGCGGUAAGAGACUCGGAUAUAUUAGCAAAAAAUGUACCAGGUUUGAAUUCCUUAGAUAUGAUGGUACCACCGAGGGUUCGAUCAACCGUAAACGUUGUACAACUAUCUCGAAACAUUCCACAGAGCCCUAAUUCAGGUUCUACCAACAGCGGCAAUACACCUCCAAGACCGAACAGAACGCCAAGCGUAGCUGGAAGUAUUCAGUUACCUGGUACGCCAUCUUCCGGUGGUCACGACAGCGGUGUCGGGAUGAGCCCAGCCGGUCAAACGCCGCCACCAAGGUCAUCCGCUUUGCCCGACAUAGGCGAGGAGGCUAAUCAGCCACCGGACACAUCUUCGACGACCCCAACGAACACGAUUCAUUUCGAGUCAGAUACUGCGACUUCAAGAACGACGGUGGCUAUGCGACGUGGUAGUCAACAUCAGUCGCCAAAAAAAUCUCCCUCGCCUUGUUCGGCAGCGACAACGACCACAACUGUAACGACUACGACGACGACAUCGUCCUCGUCAUCGCCGUCUUCAACGGUCGUACCAUCUUCUUCGAUCGGAUCCGAACAAUUACAAAUAGUUUGCAAACCCGACGGUACUUACCAACUGGCUUCGGUCAAUCCCAACGUACUGACGAAUCAAAGGAAUGUUCUUACUUUGCAGAACUUGGAUGAGGGAAACGUUGGAAAUUUUUCCCGACAGACGCAACGUAACGCGGAAGUAACCAAUAACUCCAGCAAUAGGAAUACCUACGACAGAUUGUCGUCCGUGAAGGUAUCCUCGCAAUCAGGUCAAAAUACAGGCUUGCCAAAGUUUCAACAAGCAUUCGGUAGAACGAUUUAUACAUUAUCGACGGAUACGAGUAGCGGAACGGUUACUACGACAGAGUCACUUGUUCAAUCUACGUCUACGCAAAAGACAACAAAUCUUUCAAAAGCUGUACAAACAUCGGUACCUAACACACAGCAGACUAAUUCGGCGACAGGUAUCAACGUACAGUCAAUAACCAACAUUCCUAAUCUGCAAUUAUCUGCUGGUAGACAAAUAUUGAAUAUCGUUCAAAGUUCAAGCGCUAACGCAAACACGGGAACCAACUUAAAUACGAAUCAAACGUUGACGCAGCUUGUACAAAGCGUGCAAAACGCUUCCCCUGGUGUAAUAUAUACGCACAAAAUACCAGUUACGAUAUCAACCACGAAUCCUAGCCAGUUGAACAUCAUACCAACGAUAUCUCACGCCAAUUCUAUACCAACAGGUAGAACGCCGGUAGUAAAAUUGAAUAUUAUUCGUACCGCUGCUCCUUUAAGACCACAAAAUCUUACUGGUACGAUACAGGCUGUACUUGCGACUCCUAGAUUGCAACAACAAACUCAACAAAACGUAAGAGCCGACAACUUAUUGAGUUCUCCGAUAGAGGUACCGAAUCAAGUGAGUUCGACGACUUUGGAACAGUUACGAGAAUUUGAAAGUGUUUUGGAACAAGUUAAGGAAAGGAGUACCAUACAACCUCAGUCGCAUCAAUCUCUAUCAUCUACGACAACUACUACCGUACAAACGCAAACAACAACACAACAACAACAACAACAACAACAACAACAACAACAACAACAACAAACGUCACAACAGCAGCAGUCGCAGCAACAACAAGUAUCCGUUAGCGCGCUUGCUCAACAGCUUUUGAUGCCAACGCAAUCAAGUAGCAACAAUGAGUUCUCCGGUAACGGUAACAACGCUACGUUUCAACAGGACGUCUUUCCACAAAAAGUUUCGCUUGCUUAUGUAAAUCAAAACACGGCAAGUGGCACUACCAAGGUAUCAAAUUCGUCGCCGGUAGUUGUGACAAGUUAUUGCCAACCGGUAGCCUCGCCGGCGUUAAGUGUUACUUCCCAAAGUUCGUCGAGCCCGUGCGUAACUCCAGCGCCCGCUCCGAUUCCUUCGGCUGGUAAAACACCGCCAACUCCGCCUUCUUCGAAGACAGUUAAGAAAUCUACUCCUAAAACUGUGAAAACAAGUGCGACGAAUACGGCUAAGGCUUCGCCUAUACCGAAACCUCAACAAAAGCCGCAGGAGGACGAACAGACGGCCCAAAGGAUUUAUGCCAUUUUAGACGAAUACGCGGAACAGUUAAGAAAUUCGCCAGAUCUUAAUAACAAACCUGCCCCGAGAAGAAGAUCCAAUCCGCCAACAAAUCCGGGUCAAUCCUCGAAGAGGAAAAAAUCUAGCUCGAGUAAGACAAAACCGGCGGGACAGCAAACAUCGGAAUUAAGUCCGAGUACGGAUGAUCUUGGGAGGACAAUGGGUAGCGAAGAUUCUUCCAGUGGAAUCGUACACAUUCAAGAUAGUCCUGCAGGCUUCAUGACCACCGAAGAACAAUCGAACAUAACGAACGAUACGAAUGCCGAAAUACGUAAUCUGACCAACGAUUCUAGCGACGGCGUCGAGUUGAACGUUAAAAGGCGCAAUCUCAUAUUUGCCGAGCCUGGUACUGGUCAACCAAGAGCUGUCAUCGUUCAGGAAGCUUUACAAACUAGCUCUGUCAGCGUUAGCGAAGCUAUUGCUUCGGUAACAGGAAAAGUAGGAAGUACGGCCGUUUUGGUACCAGGUACAAAUUAUAUUUUGCCAAUGAAUUUAAUGAAAAGUGGUCAACAGUUUACGAUAGUAUCGAGUGGAUCGAAGUUCCUUGCUACUGUGCCAGCGACGGUCAGAGCUACCGGUAAUACCGGCGUAUCUAACGCACUGGUACUGCAAUCUUUUCUAAAUCAAGCUGGUAAAAUAAUUUCUCAGCCUGCACAAGUGAAACAAGUUAAGAUACCAACAUUACAGACCUUAUCGGGCAGUCAAUCGUUAAAUACUACGCAAAAUGUUCAAAAUGCUUCUGUCGUUAUUCCACAAACGGCAACUAGUAAUCAAUUUUCAGGGGAAUCUGUAAACGAGAAAAGUAAUAUUAUAAGUGAUAUCAACGCGUCGAAAUCCGACGUAACCGCUUCUGCAGGUGCUACGGAAUCAGCGACGAGUACUAUUGUGGUUAAUAAGACUAAUCCAACUAUUGGUUUGAUUCAACGAAAUCUUAACGAGAUAUCAGAAAAUCAACAGAUUUGUAGUGUAAUUACGAGUAAUCCAAAUUUGGCCUUACAGAGUACGAGAUUGUUUAACUCUUCUAUGCAUAAGAUAACAACGCCCACGGGAUUGAAAACUGAAAACGUGGUGUGUCUGGCGCCAACAGGAACAAUUUCUCAUUCGACUGAAAAGAAAUCAUCGCAGGAUAAUCAGACGCAUAAUGAAAAAUCGGUAUCUAUUCAGACAGCAGCAACGAUUGCUUUAGCUUUUGCUACACAGUCGACAGAUCCUUUAAUAAAUGGUAGUCAGCAACAACAAAAGGAUAUCAAGGAAUCUUCUUCCGACAUAAUAUCCGACGCCAAGAUAAUUUCACCUAAAACAGUCAAGAGAAAAAUGGAGGAUGCUGUGAGCAUGCAGGAAAUCGUGCCUAGAAAUUUAAUCGCCACGAAUUCGGUUGUUUGCUCCAACAUCGUUACGUCGUUGCAAAAUAAUACAAAGAUCGAUUCCAUGUCCACUAUUGCCUCUAGCAAUAAAGAUUCAUCGAAUAUCGAAAAUUCAACGCAAUAUUUAGUGACAGGUGGUCCUAGUAGUUCGGACAGUCAGGGAUCUCCGGUUCAGCAGUCUAACGAAUCGGACGUGUCUUGUAAAAUUGGUAACGGUUUGUUGUAUGGAAACGCAAGGUUACAAGAGGCAUGGGAGCCAGAAGGAAAGGUAUCUCCGGAUACACCAUGGAGGUACGUGCCGACGUCGACAAAUCCUUUGGGAAUCGAGCCAUUGAAGGUAUAUUCAAGGGAAAACGAUAAUUCCGACAAUGUACAAAGCGUUCUGCAAAUAAUCAAUAAGGGACAAGGAAUAGAAAUGGCUAGUGGCCAAGUUUAUCAGACGAAUACGAAGAAGUAUUUUAUGAACCAUACUUUAGAGCCGUUUCAUCAGUAUUCGAAUAAGAGUAUUAUGAAGAGCCAAUUAAAUCAAAGGUUAGAUCGGGAAUUGUUACAACAAAAAAUGGAAAAGAAAACAGCCGCGAUAGAGCGUGAACUCCGAUUGCAAAAGAGCUUAUCGGAGGAGUGCGAGGAUUUAGGCGUUGACGAGCCCAGUACCAGCGAUUUAUUUCCAGAAGCAGAUUUGUUGUUCGAUACGAAUCAUUCACCGUCUUUCGACCAUUCCUCGCAAGAUGCAUCCUGCAGUCAAUCCCUGGGGAUGAAAUCGUACAGCAGUUCCUAUUUUCGUCCUUUGGACUCGUCGAGCGGUAGCAGGGACGCCAGUCCGGUCGCUGAUUUCAAAUUGAACGAACGUAGAAAGAAUGUGACCCAGCGUACGAGAAGUCUAAAGGAUACGAGCAAAAGAAGGAAGGGAGAUAAGACGGUAGAAUUCCAAUCGGAACAUCCUGCGAAACAUAUGCGCUUCACCUUAGAAAAUUUAAGUCAGGACGAAGAAGGUUCGAACAGUAACUCCGACAUGUCGAGACUUUCCCCGACUCAUUUACCUUUGCUCGAAAACGAUUCCUCGAAGGAUAUUAACCGGAUGAAGAUGGGCUCGAGGAAUUGUUCGAAAGAAGGUUCGCCGAGCAGCGUAUCCAGCAUUCCAUCUAACAUCAAAUUGGACAUCGAUCUUGAUUCGGAAUCUUUGCCGCCGAGUAUAAAUGUAAAUAAUACGUCAGCUGCUAGCUCGGGCGAUGAGAGCUUGACGUUGCUCGGUGGUAGUACAGCUGACGUAACUAUACCUUCGCCUCUCUCGCCUAUCGCUGGACCGCUUUUGUCAACGCACAAAUAUACCUACGCGAAUAAGAAGCGCAUAGCCUCGAAAGUAACCCGAAUGGAUUAUCUUUCCUGGGAAAGUCCUAUGUCCGAAAGAACGAGAACGAGUAGCGACGAGGAAGACUCCAGUAUUAGCGAAUCUAUAAGCAGCCAAACGGAGGAUAACGUAUUGACGAACGGUCUCGACGAUGCUCUACAGCAAACGUUAAAGUCCACGUCGGCCGACCGACGUUGUACAUAUUUAAAAAAAAAAGACAAGUUACAAGUGAAUGCAAGAGUGCUAUUGAACAGAGCCGAUCAUAAACCAGGAACUUUGAGUAAACGCGUUAAACCGUCGGAAUCUAUGAACGAUUCCGUACUUCUUUCUAGCGACAAGACCUCCGAAUUGUCGGAGGACGAGGCAGGUAAUAUAACAUUAACAGAGCCAGAUUGUAGAGCUAGGAGAUCGAGUUUACGUGGUCACGUCAAAAAAGGUUGCGCUUGUUGUAACGGUUCUCCCGAAAGACCAAAAAAAAAGACAGUUAAGUCGUCGGAUCAUCGAUUGAAGAAGAGAUUAUCUUCGAAACAGAUCGCCAAGAAAAGGUAGUCCUAGCGAUCUAACGCUCGCUCGUCGUCUUCUUCGUUUUAUCGAUAUAUCCUUACACUAAGCAUCUUAGAAUAUGCUUCGGUAAUGGGAAAACCUUCGAGCGAUCUAAAUUAUCCUUAUAGUAAACUCUUAUUACUAAUUGGAAUUAACAUGAGAUUUUUCAAAUAUUACGUACCUCACAAAAGUACGAGACAUAUUUAUGAUCAUCAUUGAUCGUAAAAGAUCCCUAUGAAUUGCGUUUGUAUAUAUUUAGAACGUGUGCAAGUUGUAAGAGAGA